GCAGCGUUGGCAGCGUGUAGCGUUGUCAAGGUUGAAAGGAAGCUGUGUGUGCCCGUGUGCGUGUGUGUGUGUGUGUCGGCUGUGUGCGUCCUCCGGCAAGCCGUACAUGUGUUUGCCGGUUUCGUCGAGCCUGGAUUGACUGAGCGGCGGGUCUUCACCAUCAGAGGCUUCUCCUGUUUAUGGGAGGAAACACGGCGUCCGCCAUGCCAUCACCCGUGAUCGUAGCCGCCACCGCCAAGCACACCGCCACUGUUAUCUUCCUGCAUGGCCUGGGAGAUACAGGGUUGGGCUGGUCGUCUGUGUUCGAAGCCAUACGUCAGCCACACGUCAAGUACAUAUGCCCCACGGCGCCAGUGAUCCCUGUGACUCUCAAUGGGGGCAUGCGAAUGACUGCAUGGUUCGACCUCUGCUCUCUGGACCCAAACGGCCGGGAAGAUGAGCCUGGCAUCAAAGCGGCUGCAGAAGGAAUCCACAGGCUCAUAGCUGACGAGGAGAAAGCAGGCAUCUCCUCGGACCGCAUUGUCCUGGGCGGCUUCAGCAUGGGCGGGGCGUUGGCACUGUACUCGGGCCUGCGCUACCCCAAGCCCCUGGCUGGCAUCUUGGGCCUCAGCUGCUGGCUGCCACUCUUCAAGCACUUUCCUGCGGCGGCUGUUGGCAACCACGACACGCCCAUCAUGAUGUGCCACGGAGAUUGCGAUGACCUGGUGCCCAUGCGCUGGGGUCAGCUGACGGCCGACCUUCUGAAGACAUUUGUGAAGGACGUCACCUUCCGGCAAUACAAGGGCAUGGGUCACUCCUCAUGCGAGGAGGAAACACAAGAUGUCGCUGCUUACUUACAGUCGAGGCUGCCACCCAAGCCGGAAUAGUAGGUCAAGUCCGAAAGCACCAAGCAGAGAGUGCGUCUGCAGGGCAGGCAUUGUGGAGAGAUGUGCUUCGGGCUUGCAUCGCAGCAUCUGCCUCUUGUCUGAGCACAGUUCUUUUUUCUUGUCCAUAAGCUCUGUUCAUUCCAAGCUCUCCCUCUCUCCCCAUACGAGUGCUUUGAGAAAGAAAAAAAGAAGUAUAGAUGGCGCCUUGGGCGUACACUGCACCUAGUUUUUUGCCAGUAGGCUUUGGCGGGAGGAAGAAUAAAAAGAAAUGCAUUGUGAUGGUCA